AAAAAAAAAAAAAAGGAACAAAUUUUCUUUCUUCCUUCUUUUAGUUAUUCUUAUUUCUGGAUACCCCCAUAAACAAUGGUACAUCAUACAUUAUCUGAAGUAACACCCGAUUAUUCAACAAGGUCAUUGAAAUCAUCUUCUAGUCAUUUGGACGAAUCAUCAUGCUCGACUGUAAACACGUUGGUAACAGAAAUCAAUCAUAUUUAUCAUCAACUUGCCAAAGCAGCCCCUCAUCUUCAACCUAGUGAACAUAUCAAUGCUUUAUUUUCCAAACUGGUGCAAAUAUGUAUCAUGCCUGUUGAUCAGCCCACUCUGAAUCAAGUCUUGGCUCAUCCUACUAUUCGUCAAGUCCAAUCACAUUUACGUCAACUUUGUAGUCAAGGGGAAUACUUACUGGAAUCCAAUUGGUCAAGGAUGUAUAUACAACAAGAAAAAGAAAAAGAAAAAGAUGAUAAGUGGGAAAAGGCUAUGAUACAACAAUUAUCGACAUUUACCUACUAUGGGAACUAUGUGGAUCUCACACGGUUGGAAUGUCAUGCUUUAUUAGGGGUGGGAGCUAACUUGGGUCAUAUUGUUUGGGUGGGAAGUGGACCAUUACCCUUGUCGUCCAUAGAAAUGAUGCUGCAACAUCAUACUAGUCUACGUCGAAUGGACAUGAUUGACAUUAGCCCUGAGGCCAUUCAACUCUCCUCCCAAUUGAUCAAACGAUUGCCAUGGCCGUCCACUAUCCAAUCUCGAUUCCAUCAUCAUGUGAUCCAUGCCUCCGCCUAUCCUGAUUAUCAUCUGGCCGAUGUGGUAUGUCUUGGUGCUUUGGUGGGUGACAUGGAGGAUGACAAUGGGAAAUUAGACGUGAUCUAUCAAGUGAUCCAAAAUAUGCGCCCUGGUGCCUGGUUGCUGAUCCGUAGUGCUCAUGGGUUACGGCAGCUCUUAUACCCCGCUCUGGUCCCGUCUCUUCAUCUUCAUACAAAUCCUCGCUUGGUCGGUCUAUUGGAAAUCGUAUUGGAACUUCAUCCACAUCAUGAUGUUGUUAAUUCUGUAUUGAUUGCUAGACGUAUUGGAUAAAUCAUACUUUUUAUUAGUUAGUUAUUUGUUUAUAUAAAAAUAAAAAUAAAA